AUGCAACAUUUGUAUGCAGGGGUUGUGGACAACAGUAUUGAUCCACAUGAGCAUUUUGCGAGCUUUCUCCCGGAGCGGACCAGCUCAACUAAUGGAGAAAGUGCAGGCGCAAGUAAUCCUGUAGAUGCGAGCGAGUUUGUGCCGUAUGAACAGUCACCAACGUAUAAAGGCGGCCGCACGCUACGUGCGUACCAGGUUGAAGGUCUUAACUGGAUGGUAUCAUGCGUGAAAGCUCAGCGAUCGUGCAUAUUGGCUGACGAGAUGGGGCUGGGUAAGACGGUUCAAAUCGUGUCGCUGAUUGAGCAUAUGAAGUCGGAGGAAUUUAUACGUGGCCCGUAUCUGAUUGUUGUACCGCUUAGUACGAUUCAGCAUUGGCGCCGUGAAAUUGAGAGCUGGACGGAUCUUAAUGUAUGCGUCUAUCACGACAUUGGAGACCGCACCACCAAAUUUACUGCAAAAGAUAUGCGUGCGGUGAUUCGUGACCAAGAAUGGUAUUAUCCGAGUUUGGGCAACUCGAUUCUCAAGUUUCAUAUUUUGUUGACCACUUUUGAGACGAUUUUGGCAGAUUUUGAAGAGCUCGAGCACAUUCACUGGCGAUUGGUCGUAGUGGAUGAGGCACAUCGACUGAAGGGAGCUGGGUCGCGUGUGUUGAAGAUGAUGCGCGUCCUGCACGUAGAUCGUAAGGUGUUGCUGACAGGAACACCAUUACAGAACAAUACCCAAGAGCUUUGGGUUUUGUUAAAUUAUUUAGAGCCGGUAAAAUUUGCCAGCUUGGACGAGUUUAACAAGAAUUUUGGAAAACUGCAUUCGCAGGAGCAAGUCGUCAGGCUUCAGCAACUGCUGGCACCUUACAUUUUGCGACGAGUGAAGGAGGAUGUCGAGAAAAGCAUUCCGCCAAAGGAAGAAACGAUUAUUUCUGUAGAACUGACAACGCUGCAAAAGCAGUACUACCGAGCCAUCUACGACAAGAAUAGAAGCUUUUUGUACCGUGGUACGAAAAAUGGUUUACCAACGCUAAACAACAUUCAGCUGCAACUGCGAAAGUGCUGCAACCAUCCAUUUCUCAUUAAAGGUGUUGAAGAAAGAGAGUUGGACGAACUUGGUUGUAAUUCUACACCUGAACAAGUGAUGGAAAAAACGAUCGAAUGCUCUGGCAAAAUGAUGCUUGUGUCCAAACUAAUCCCGAAAUUAAAGCGGGACGGACACAAAGUUUUGAUAUUUAGCCAAUUUCUAAAGCAACUUGAUUUACUCGAACGAUAUUGCGAGGCUAAUUCUUUUGUGUACGAACGUCUGGAUGGUUCAACUGGUGGAAGCAUGCGUCAGAGCGCAAUUGACCGAUUUUCUCGACCAAACUCAAAGUCUUUCGUGUUUCUACUGAGUACGAAAGCUGGUGGCGUAGGCAUUAAUCUCAUUGCAGCCGAUACGGUAAUUAUUUUUGACAGUGAUUGGAAUCCGAUGAAUGAUCUGCAGGCUCAAUCACGGUGUCACCGUAUCGGGCAAAAGAAGAGUGUUCAGAUUUAUCGCUUGGUGACGCGUAAUACGUACGAAAGCGAAAUGUUUGACCGCGCAUCACGAAAGCUUGGUCUGGAGCACGCAGUGCUAGGUACAGCGUCUUUUAAUGAAAAUUCACAAAUUACGAAACCAUCUGCAGAGCAGCUUGUAGAGCUGCUGAAGCGUGGAGCAUAUGCACUAAUGGAAAAUGACGAUACGGCAUCCAAAGAGUUUGCUGAGCGAGAUAUUGAGACUAUUUUGAAAGAAAACGCUCGUGUUCUGGUUGUAGGCGCUAAAUCCAAUGUUAGCAAUGGGGUGGACGCUGAUGCGAGUGGUGUGACAUCGCCAAAACGUAGAAAGUCGCAAAUAAAGUCGUACAAGCGAAAAUCACUUGGUGGAAUGGCGGUAGACCGUUCAUCCUUCGUUGCUGAGGGAUCGACCGGUGAACUGUCCGUGGAUGACCCCAACUUUUGGGAGAAGGUUCUUCCAGGGGCAGUAUCGGUGGAAAUGCUGAGCCUGAAGCUUGAAGAUGGCAGCGGUGUGAACUCACGUCAGUCGAAAAUCAAGUUCAUCAGCAAUUUGGAUGUUGCUUUGACUAGCUUGAUUGCCGAAAUGAGCUCAGGAAACAAUGCUGACGAUGGCAGUGCUGGGAGUCGAGAUAUUCAACACGAAUAUAAUAUUGCCAUACAGGUACUGAGUACUAUAAGCUCAAAAUACCUUGAUGAGUUCUCCAACGAACAGAUUGAUCUCGUGAAGGGAUACUUAUCGAAGCUGGAAAAAUCGCGCGUACGAAGCUGUCGUCUAGCUCCGUCCCGAGCAAACAUGUACCAGAAUGAAGACUUUGGUACCCCAAAGAAGAAAAGGCGUAGGAAAAGCACUCCAGCAGGCAUCAAGGUAGCAAGCAGCGAGGACGAAGCAUACUGCGAUACUCAUGUAAAGAAAAAAGGCAGCAAACACCGUCGCCGUUCAAAGCAAUUGAAAAGCGUAGAAACUAAACUCCCAGCUGCCCUGUCCCAAGCCAGUGUUAUUGACGACAGUGACGAUUUGUGCACCCUUUGUGGAGACGGCGGAUUAAUUUUGCUGUGUGACGGUCCAUGCCAUCGUUCGUUCCACCUCGAGUGUGUAGGCAUGACUGAUGAACCGAACGACGAGCAGUGGUUGUGCCCAGAUUGUGCUGAGGGACGUCACAUGUGCUUGGUUUGCAAGCAGGUCGGCGAAAUGGGUGUUGAGUUUGGUGUCACUCAAUGCUCGGUAGCCAAGUGUGGCAGAUUUUACCAUAAGGGCUGCCUAAGCAAGAACAAUCGCGUCGAGUGGGUUGGCAAGAAACGUUUCCGUUGCCCGAGUCAUUUCUGUCAUACUUGCUCGCAGAAAACGAAGUUGAAAGCUGCUGCGAAAAGCAAAAAGAAAAGCGACAAGAAGAGCAAUGUUGUGAGCUGUAUCCAUUGCUCACAAGCCUUUCACCCAAAGUGUGUUCCGUUUGCAGACAAGUGUAUAAGACUUUCUAAGAAUCUUAUGAUUUGCGCAAAUCAUUUAGACGAGAAGAAGCCACCAGCUUCUGCAGACCGAACGAUUGGAUUGAAAACGAUAAGUCAUUGCGCUAGUGCAGCACCUGCUGCUGCACCAGUUCAGCGGCACGUGGAAGUUCCAGAAUUAGUUUUUGUGGACGAAAACGACAAACCAGAUAAAUUGCAUGGAGAAACGACAAACGGCAAGCGUAAGCGUAUUUCAUCUCCGAAGCGGAUCAGCUUGACUGGGUCCAAGAAAUGUAAAUCGGCACCUUCGAAUAAAUCGGUUGCGAAACCGACUAAACCGAAGAUCUGUGCGCUAUGCCACCGUUGUAACGUAAUGGGAGGAGGUGCUGAACCUCAAGGGUUGUCACUUCCACCUUUAGCUAGAGCGGGAUCGCGUAACGGAACCGCUAGUGCAAGUGCGGACUCAGCUGGGACUGCACGUGCUGAUAUGGCUCUUGAAGGACCUUUUAUCGAUGCUCCUGUUCGUUUGAAGUACGCUGACAAGCCCAAUGAGUCUGUGCAUGUGCACUUAAACUGUGCCGUGCACUCGCCAGAGGUGUAUGUGAAGCCCGAUGGGCUCAUCAUGAAUUUGCCGAAAGCGAUCAAGCGUGGACGUCAGCUCAAGUGUACGAGUUGCAACUCAUUUGGUGCCACGGUUGGUUGCAUUGUUCCCAAGUGUCGGCGGAACUACCAUUUACGUUGCGCAGUGGAAAGCGGUGGUGAAAUUGAUCGAACCACGUACUCUUUAUUCUGCAAACUGCAUGCAGCUGUAUGUAAGGAGCCGACACGUGUAUGUGUGUGUGGUGGUGAUCCAGAAGAUCCGACACUCACAUUGGUGUGCUCCCUAUGCAGGACUAAGUUUCACCCAAAGUGUGUGAAUAUGUCCACUCGCCACGCGGCUCGAAAGGCAAAGACGUGGGUUUGCAGUGUUUGUGAUGGCUCCACUGCCGCAAAACCGGCCAUACCAACUCACGUACCUGCUCCAUUGACUUUAAAAUCAGCAGUAUCGAAGAAACCAGUUGUAAAGACCAAGUCCACGAGCUUGAAGGAUUUAUCAAAGACUGCGUCAAGAAAGAAGAACAGUAGCAAGACUACAAAUACCAACGCCAAGGAAUUGCCAAUGCGCAAAAGGCAGGAGAAGAAUCGCUUGAGUAUGUCACGUAAUACGUCGCGUUCCAAGACGCAUAACAUGGCUCAUGGAAUUUCACCUCAUAUGAAUACUGACUUGGAUAACGGUAUUUUCAUGGACGAGUAG